UUCCCCCAAGCAGAGCUGACUCAAAGACAUUAAAGAUGGCAUGGAAGAGCAGUGGCCUAAAUGGAAAGUGCAUAUUUCUCCUCAUAGUGAUUUUGUUUCUGCCACGUGAGAUGACAAGUUCUGUUUUAACUGUGAAUGACAAAACUGAAAACUACAUUCUGGAUACUCGGCCUGGUUUCCAAGAAUCUCUGAAAUGUGCUGUUCAAAACCACAUCAGAGAGGAAGAACUUCUCUGGUACCGAGAAGAGGGAACAGUGGAUUUGAAAUCUGAGAACAAAAAAAACUCAAGUUCUGUUUGUGUGUCCCCCGUUAGUGAAAAUGACAAUGGAAUCACCUUUACCUGCAAGCUGCGAAGGAAUCAGUCAGUGUCCAUCUCAGUGGUGCUGAAUGUCACUUUUUCUCCUAUCUUAAGUGGAGAUGACACUCAAACAGUUGAAGAAGGUAGAGAAGUGAAGUUGGUCUGCAAGGUGAAAUCCAACCCUCCGGCUCAAAUGACAUGGCACAAAAAUGGAAGUAUAUUGAAUUUAGAGAAAAACCAUCACCAAAUCCAACAGACAAGUGAGUUUUUUCAGCUGUCAAUCACCAAGGUUAAGAAGUCUGACAAUGGAACCUACACCUGUAUUGCCAAUUCAGCUCUGGCUAAGGAGACCAAAGACUUUUACCUCAUUGUCAAAGAUAGAGUUGUGACUCUACCAAUGGAACCUGUUAUUGCUGCAUGUGUUGUGGUCUUUCUGACACUGUGCUUUGGAGUCAUUGCUAGAAGAAACAAGAUAAUGAAGCUCUGCAGAAGGAAUGAAGUUCCUCAGAGAGACACAGCUCUAUGAGAAAGCUGAGAUGCCAUCUAAUACAGCAAGAGUUUUGCAUCAGGACCUCCUUGAUUUAUGUAGUCCCAUCUGUAUUUAUUGCUAUUAUAAAAUUCACUCCUGUCAAAUUAUCAAAUUUUAUAAAGAAAUAUUUCACUAAGCACUUAACAGUAGUUGUUAUGACCAAUUUAAUAUACUAAGAGACAUUUUUGUAGAGAAAGUUAAGAACAAAAAGUAAGAUUUUAUUAAGUCUUCUCUUUCAAUGGUAUGUUAAUUAAUUGAGAUUUGUUCUGAAAAGAUUGGUAACCAUUUACCAUUUAGUGUAUGUUUUGCUAGGUAGGAGAUUAACAGAUAUUUCGGUUUCACAAAUCAGUGCUAUUCUCCCCCAAAAUGGGGGGAGGGGCACAACAUAGAAUGAUGAAUUUUUUUAAGUUGCUAAGGAAGCACCUACAGUGUUGUUUCAUAUAAGAAAUAAUUUAGGACUAAAAAAGGAAGGAAAGAGUAUCAAAAUGGAAUGGAAUAAAUGUAGUG